GUGGAUUCUUCAUCGUAUAUCUGUGAUGCCAACACUUCAUGCUGUAUUCCUUCGGUUCUGUGUUGAAUACUGCUUAAAGAGAGACACACAACAUUUCAUCCUACUCACAAAGGUAAUCAAGAUUGUGUUGUGCUUAGGAAGGACGACUGAAGGAUGGUUGAUCCAAAGGGUAGUUCCUCGUGGUUAAAGAGUCUAGAUAUCAGUGGCAUAUGGAAAGAUCAUGGAGAAUGUGGAGCUCUGGCAGCCAUAGUCAUAAGCAUCCUUGUUCCUGUUUUGUUUUCAGCUCUGUUCUUUGCAAAGAAAAAAGGAAAAAUAAGAGGUGUGCCUGUUGAAGUUAGUGGUGAGGGAGGUUAUGCAAUACGUAAUGCUAGAAAAACUGAGUUGGUUGAAGUUCCUUGGAAAGGAGCUCCAACCAUGGCUCAUCUGUUUGAGCAAUCAUGUGAUAAAUAUACGCAAAAUCAAUUUCUUGGAACAAGAAAACUAAUACAAAGGGAGUUCGUUACAUCUAGUGAUGACAGGAAGUUUGAGAAACUUCAUUUAGGAGACUAUGAAUGGGAAACCUAUGGAGAAGUGUUUGCUCGUGUGUCCAAUUUUGCAUCUGGUCUUCUUAAGUUAGGCCAUGUUAUGGAUAGCCGUGUUGCUAUUUUCUCUGAUACAAGGGCGGAGUGGCUCAUUGCCCUUCAGGGUUGCUUCAGGCAGAAUGUAACAGUUGUUACCAUUUAUGCUUCUCUUGGAGAGGAUGCCCUGAUCCACUCACUAAAUGAGACUGAAGUAUCUACUCUGAUCUGUGACUCCAAGCAGUUGAGGAAGUUGGAUGCAAUAAGAUCAAGACUAACAUCUAUACAAAACGUUAUUUACUUUGAAGAUGAUGAGAAAGAAGAUUCUUUCUCAGGAAGUUUGAGUGGUUGGACAAUUGCAUCUUUUAUUGAAGUUGAGAAACUUGGGAAAGAAAGUCCUGUUGAGCCAAGCCUGCCUUCCAAGAAUGAUACUGCAGUUAUCAUGUACACAAGUGGCAGUACAGGUCUGCCAAAGGGUGUUAUGAUUACUCAUGGGAACAUAGUAGCCACUACAGCAGCGGUUAUGACAGUGAUACCAAAUCUAGGUAGCAAGGAUGUGUACCUGGCAUACUUGCCCCUUGCUCAUGUUUUUGAAAUGGCUGCAGAGUCUGUAAUGCUGGCUGCAGGUUGUGCAAUUGGUUAUGGCUCUCCUCUGACUAUGACUGAUACAUCUAAUAAAAUCAAGAAAGGAACCAAGGGAGAUGUCACUGUGUUGAAGCCCACACUAUUGACAGCAGUACCUGCUAUUCUUGAUCGGAUUCGAGAUGGAGUUGUAAAAAAGGUUGAGCAGAAAGGGGGCCUUGUGAAGAAUCUUUUCCAUUUUGCUUAUAAGCGCCGACUGGCUGCUGUAAAAGGAAGUUGGCUUGGGGCUUGGGGAUUGGAAAAGUUUGUGUGGGAUACCAUUGUCUUUAAACAAAUUCGUUCUGCACUUGGAGGCCAGCUCCGAUUUAUGCUUUGCGGGGGAGCUCCUUUAUCUGGAGAUUCACAAUACUUCAUCAAUAUCUGCAUGGGGGCUCCUAUUGGGCAAGGAUAUGGCUUGACUGAAACAUUUGCUGGAGCUGCAUUCUCAGAGUGGGAUGACUACAGUGUGGGACGCGUCGGUCCUCCACUUCCUUGUUGUUACAUUAAGCUUAUUUCUUGGGAAGAAGGAGGGUACCUGACAUCAGAUAAGCCAAUGCCAAGGGGAGAGAUUGUAGUUGGAGGAUUUAGUGUGACAGCUGGUUACUUUAAGAAUGAUGAUAAAACUAAAGAAGUGUUCAAGGUUGAUGAGAAAGGUAUGCGCUGGUUUUAUACUGGUGAUAUUGGACAAUUCCACCCUGAUGGAUGUCUUGAAAUCAUAGAUAGGAAGAAAGAUAUUGUCAAACUUCAACAUGGAGAAUAUAUAUCUCUUGGAAAGGUUGAGGCAGCAUUAUCAUCAUGCGAUUAUGCAGACAAUAUGAUGGUUUAUGCAGAUCCCUUUCACAAUUACUGUGUGGCUCUAGUCGUUGCUUCACAACAGUCGCUGGAGAAGUGGGCCCAACAAGCUGGCAUAGAUUACCGAGAUUUUCCUGAUCUAUGUAACAAACCUCAAACUGUCAAGGAAGUUCUGCAUGCUAUUUCCAAGGUUGGAAAAUCUGCAAAGCUGGAAAAAUCUGAAAUCCCUGCAAAGAUCAAGUUGCUGGCUGAUCCAUGGACUCCUGAAUCUGGAUUAGUGACUGCUGCUCUCAAGAUAAAGAGAGAGCAGCUGAAAGCCAAAUUCAAAGAUGAUCUUCUGAAGCUGUAUGCAUGAAACAUGUAACAUCUAUCUUUUUAUUCAAUAAUGUCAUUUUGCCUCCAAAAUACAAAUUGUGUAAUUUGUGACAUAAUAAAAUCAUACUCCAUGAUUACUUGUAUGUGAACAUUAAUUCUUGCCACUGAGAUGACAGUAAACAAGUGUGUCUGAACUGGCUUA